CCAACAUUUUGUUGUGAUUUUAGCAAAAAAAAACAUUUUGUUGUGAUUUGAGAUCAAAGAUCAUGUCAUUAAGUCCAAGAGACCCUCUUGUCGUAGGAAGAGUUGUAGGGGAUGUUGUUGAUCCCUUCAUGAGACUGAUUUCUCUUGAUGUUACUUAUGGCCAAAGACAGAUAACUAAUGGAAUGGAUCUAAGGUCUUCUCAAGUUCUGAACAAACCAACGGUUGAGAUUGGAGGAGAUGACCUCAGAAAUUUCUACACUUUGGUUAUGGUGGAUCCAGAUGUUCCAAGCAACCCGUACCUCCGAGAAUACCUCCAUUGGUUGGUGACAGAUAUACCUGCCACAACUGGAACAGCUUUUGGUGAGUUUUUUUUUUGUCAAACGGCAAUGAGUUGGUGUACUACGAGAAUCCAUGUCCCACUUCAAGAAUUCACCGAGUCGCAUUGAUAUUGUUCCGACAAAUCGGAAGACAAACUGUUUAUGCACCUCAGUGGCGCCAAAGGUUCAACACUCGUGAGUUCUCUGAGAUCUAAAAUCUUGGUCUCCCCGUGGCUGCUGUUUACUUCAACUGUCAGUGAGAGAAUGGCUGCGGAGGAAGAAGGACCUCGUAGAUAUAUAUGCUUCCAUCUCAAGUAACCUAAUUAGAUGUUUAUCUAGAGGUUCUUGUAAUAAAUAUAUUAAGAAUCUGAUGAUAUAAACAAAAGGAAGCAUCAUGCA